AAAAUAUUUCAUUUUUCGUCGGCCUGAGUAAAAGCUGAAACUUUUCGACGACCACUCACAACCUUACGAACCAGAAGAGACUCUUCCUCUUCUUUUUUUUUUUUUUGCUAACUUGACUUUUACUCUAGGUUAGGUAGAAUCGAUUUAGGAAGUGUUGUACAGAUUUACCGGAAGUAGUUUCUUGCUAACCUGCGCCGGCGGAUCGGUCAGACGAACGGUGAUGUUGGUUUGUGAAUUUAUGUUUUUUUCCGGUUGUUGAUUCCGUCCGACGUGCCGGAGAGUUUGCUGCUUGUUUGUUUAGUACAGGGCAGAAAACGGGAUGUAUGUCCUUGCGUUGGAUAAGAUUGACUAGGUGAUCCGCUAAUGAAACCGGAUGAAUUAGAAACCCUAAGUUCUAAUUUUACUAGUUGUGAAGAGAGGGGAGUGCGUUUAAUGGAGGUUGUGUAGUAGUGAUAUUGGGGGAGUGUGGGGGUUUGGAGCUGGAAUUUUGAAGUUUGUUGAUUUGAGUAUUUUCCUGGUGAUGAUGGAGAAGAAUAAGAUUAUUAAGAGUGGGGAUGGGUUCAUUGAUAGGAGUAAAGUGCGGAUUUUACUGUGUGAUAAAGAUCUCAGUAGCUCGCAGGAAGUUUUAACACUCUUGUGCAAAUGUUCUUAUCAAGUGACUUUAGUGAGGUCACCCAGACAGGUGAUUGAUGCACUGAAUGCUGAAGGACCUGACAUAGAUAUCAUUCUUUCUGAAGUUGACCUUCCUAUUACCAAAGGAUACAAGAUGUUGAAAUACAUUAUGAAGGAUAAAGAACUGCGACGCAUUCCUGUGAUCAUGAUGUCGUCACAAGAUGAAGUUUCUAUUGUCGUCAAGUGCCUCAAAUUUGGAGCAGCUGACUACCUUGUGAAGCCUCUCCGCACUAAUGAGCUGUUGAACUUGUGGACUCACAUGUGGAGAAGAAGGCAAAUGCUUGGACUAGCAGAGAAGAACAUCCUGAGUUACGACUUUGAUUUGAUUUUAUCAGACCCCAGUGAUCAUAAUACAAAUAGCACUACUCUUUUCUCUGAUGAUACUGAUGAUAAGUCCCGGAAGAGUGUCAAUCUGGAAUUAUGUUCGUCUAUUCAGUUCGAAGAUGAGAUCAAUGCUGCCACCACUACUGCUGCUGUAGAGACUGUGGUUGUGGUUCCAUUUGAGUGUCAGUAUAAUGUGCCAGGAACUAAUAAUCGACAGACAGGACGAAUUUCUUCAUUUCCUAAGAAGAGUGAACUGAAGAUAGGUGAGUCCUCAGCAUUCUUUACCUAUGUCAAAUCAGGCAUGCCUAAAAGCAAUGACCAAGGAAUGAUCUCUACCCAUGAAAAUGUGGCUCACCAAUCAAGGAUGGAAGAGAAGACCAAUGCAGCUGUAGGGCAUUUAGAGAUUGAAACUCAAAUGCAAGUUAAUGGAGAUGCAGUUGAAAAUCAUUCACAUGUUGAUGACUAUCCAAGUAGUAACAGUUUACCAGAUUCGUAUUCCAUGGAAAGGUCCUCUACUCCCCCUUUAUCACUAGAAUUACCGCAACAGAGGAACUCAAAGAUGGAGGAGUUCUCGCAGGUGUACAUGCAUCUGCGCAAUGAAGCCCAGCGUGAUGCUGUGAAUUUUCACAUUCCAAAUGCUUAUUCCUAUUUUAUGCCUGGAGCAAUGAAUCAAGUCAUGAUGCCACCAUCAGCACAAAUGUAUCAGAAGAACCUGCAAGAUCUCCACAACCAUGCUAAUUCAGCUGCGUCACCUCAAUACAAUCAUAUGCCACCAUGUCCCCCUCAUAUGCAUGGAAUGUCAUCAUUUCCUUACUACCCUAUGGGCCUAUGCUUACGACCUGGCGAAAUGCCAACACCACAUCAAUGGCCCACAAUUGGAAAUUCGCCUUCAGCUGAAGGUAAGUGGAGCAAAGUUGAUCGUAGAAAGGCCGCACUGUUGAAGUUUAGACAGAAGAGAAAGGAAAGAUGUUUUGACAAGAAGAUCAGGUAUGUUAACCGAAAAAAGCUGGCAGAACGGAGACCUCGUGUGAGAGGACAGUUUGUAAGGAAGGUCAAUGGUGUGAAUGUGGAUCUUAAUGGACAUCCUGCGUCAGCUGAUUAUGAUGUUGAUGAAGAGGAGGAUGAGGAGGAACAAACUGGAAACUUUGAUUCACCUGAGGACGAUCCAUCGAUGUGUUUAUGAUGAUUGCAAUCUUUUGGUAGUUUUCCAUGUCAAUGAAUGGUUUGUGUUCUCAGAAUACCUGUGCAAAGAGCUGUUAUACCUCGAGGAUGAAUGCAGAAAGAAAGAUGCUUCAGUUUGAUCAACAUGCCCACAAAUGGAACAGGCUUGCUUUUCAACUUACCUUCAGAGACUUUGUCUACAUGCAUGAUCAGUUGUGCAAUGAAAAAUUAAGAAAUCCUCCUGAUCCCACUGCUUUUCAGCAUCAUAUCACUAUAUGUUAACAAGGAAAUGUAUAAAGCUAAAAUCAAGAUUCUAAGAGAAACAAUCUGGACAGGAGAACUUAAUUGUGUUAUAGCGGCUCUGGCUUUUCCUGUCUAAUGUCACUGGAAUUUAGGAACUAUCUUGGAGUGAGGUGGCCAGCCUGUGAUUUCACAGUCGAGCAAGGUAAUGAGAUCACAGUGACAUUUUUUCUGAAAACUGUUUUCAAUUUUACAAUAGAAAAAGAGAAGAAAGAUGGAAUCUGUAUGUAACAGAUAGAUUGCGUGGUCAACUCUGAGAUAUUGCCAAAGCUUAGUAUAUCAUUGUUUGCUGCUUCUAUCCA